UAAAAUGAUUUCACCUGGAGGAAUUGUUACGGUUGUCAUCUUUCUUGGCUUCACAAUGCUAAUCUCUUUUCACUGUUAUUUCUUAUGGAGAAGAGCAAGAAAGCGCAAGUAUAAGGUUCUUUUGAAAGAAAACUUUGGUCAAGAAAGUGUCACUCUAGAAGGAUUACAAUUUGAUUUGGUCACAAUUCAAGCGGCAACAAAUAACUUUUCAAAUGAAAACAAGAUUGGAAAAGGUGGAUUUGGAGAAGUUUACAAGGGCAUCUUAUCUUCUGGACUACAUAUAGCAGUAAAAAGAUUAUCACAAAGUUCUACACAAGGUUCCGUUGAAUUUAAGAAUGAAGUUUUAUUAAUAGCCAAAUUACAACACAAAAACCUCGUGGAGCUAAUAGGCUUUUGUCUAGAGGCACAAGAAAAGAUACUUGUAUACAAAUUCAUGCAGAAUGGGAGUCUUGAUAAAUUUCUCUUUGGUUUGAUACUUGAUCUUACACUCUUGAAAUUUAGCAUUUUUCUCGUACACUAUACUAGGCUUGUAAAUAUGUAUUUGCCUACUUUCCUCAUUCACCUAAUAAACAUUGCAGGUUAUCAACAAAAAAUGUUGAGCUGGUAUGAACGUUUCAAAAUUAUAGAAGGAAUUGCUCGAGGAAUUCUUUAUUUACAUGAACAUUCUCGACUUAAAGUUAUACAUCGUGAUAUCAAACCUAGUAAUAUUUUAUUAGAUGAAAAUAUGAAUCCUAAAAUAUCAGAUUUUGGUAUGGCUAGAAUUAUGGAAAUAGACCAAGAUCGUGGAAGGACCAGACGUAUAGUUGGAACAUAUGGUUAUAUGUCACCAGAAUAUGCAAUGUUUGGACAAUUUUCUGAAAAAUCAGAUAUUUUUAGUUUUGGAGUUAUGGUUUUGGAGAUUAUUACAGGAAAAAAGAAUACAAGUUCUCAUGAAUCACAUUACAUGCCAAAUGGACUCAUGAGCUAUGUUUGGAGAAAAUGGAUGGAUGAAACACCAUUGAGCAUAUUAGACCCGUUUUUGGAAGAAAAUUAUUCUAGAAUUGAAGUAAUUAAGUGUAUUCAUAUUAGUUUAUUAUGUGUUCAAGAAAACAAAAAUAUUAGACCUACAAUAGCAGAUGUUGUUUCAUAUCUUGAUGGUCGUCACACGAUUGAAUUUCCAUCUCCACAAGAACCAGCAUAUUUGUUGUUCGACAAGAUGGAUACAAAAAUAGUCUCAGAACACUAUUCUGUUAAUGAGAUGUCCAUCAGUACAUAUUAUGCUCGAUAAUAAGUUAAUUCAAAGUUUUGAUAACAUUUUU